GGUUUCCGGACCCCUGGCUAUUUCUAGGCGCGCGCGGCCCAGGCUGUGUUUCUGCGUACUCCAGGCGCUCCGGUGCCUGUUGGCGUCCCCGCUCCGGUGCAGGCUCUCGCCACCAUGGGUCCCGUGUGCAGUCUGCCGCUCGCCGCACUCUUGCUGUUCCUUUCCGGGGUCUGCACCGUGCUCUGCGACACGCCUGCCAACUGCACUUACCCCGACCUGUUAGGCACCUGGGUCUUCCAAGUGGGCCCUAGUGGUUCGCAGCGCGACAUCAACUGCUCGGUCAUGGGACCACCAGAAAAAAAAGUAGUAGUACACCUUAAGAAGUUGGAUACAGCAUACGAUGAACUUGGGAAUUCUGGCCAUUUCACCAUCAUUUACAACCAAGGCUUUGAGAUUGUGUUGAAAGACUACAAAUGGUUUGCCUUCUUUAAGUAUAAAGAAGAGGGCAGAAAGGUAACCAGUUACUGCCAUGAGACAAUGCCAGGAUGGGUGCAUGAUGUGCUGGGCCGAAACUGGGCUUGUUUUGUUGGAAAGAAGGUGGGAACCACCUCUGAGAAUGUGAACACGAACAUGGCACACUUUGGAAGUCCCCAGGAAAAGUACGCUAAUAGACUUUACAAAUAUGACCACAGCUUUGUGAAAGCUAUCAAUACCAUUCAAAAGUCUUGGACUGCAACGACAUAUACGGAAUAUGAGACUCUUACCCUCAGAGAUUUGAUGAGGAAAAGUGGUGGUCACAAUCAGAGAAUCUCAAGGCCCAAACCUGCACCACUGACUGCUGAAGUACAACAAAAGAGUUUAGAUUUGCCAGCAUCUUGGGACUGGAGAAAUGUUGGUGGUAUCAAUUUUGUUAGUCCUGUUCGAAACCAAGAAUCUUGUGGAAGCUGCUACUCAUUUGCUUCUGUGGGUAUGCUGGAAGCAAGAAUCCGUAUACUAACCAACAAUUCUCAGACCCCUAUCCUGAGUCCUCAGGAGAUUGUGUCUUGCAGCCAGUAUGCUCAAGGCUGUAAUGGUGGCUUCCCGUACCUCAUCGCAGGAAAGUAUGCCCAGGAUUUCGGUCUGGUGGAAGAAGACUGCUUCCCCUACACAGGCACUGAUUCUCCAUGCAAAAUGAAGGAGGAUUGCUUUCGUUACUACUCCUCCGAGUACCACUAUGUGGGCGGUUUCUAUGGGGGCUGCAAUGAAGCCCUGAUGAAGCUUGAGCUUGUCCAUCAUGGGCCCAUGGCUGUGGCUUUUGAGGUCUACGAUGACUUCCUGCACUACCACAAGGGGAUCUACCACCACACUGGUCUGAGAGACCCUUUCAACCCCUUUGAACUGACUAAUCACGCAGUUCUGCUUGUUGGCUAUGGCACUGACCCUGCCACUGGGGUGGAUUACUGGAUUGUUAAAAACAGCUGGGGCACCAGCUGGGGUGAGAAUGGCUACUUCCGCAUCCGAAGAGGAACGGACGAGUGUGCAAUUGAGAGCAUAGCAGUGGCAGCCACACCGAUUCCUAAAUUGUAGAGUAUACCUUCCAGUAUUUCAUACAAGUCACCCAUCAUAACAGGGGAUUGAUUUCAUAACAGACUUGACUUUUACAGCAGCGUUUUCAGAAACUUGCAUACAGAUUUCUAUGAAGAUUUUUGCUUUUAAAGUAAAACUACCUUUUAUUUUAAUAUACCUUCCCAUCAACCACUGUUCUACUUUUUCCUAAAUACUCGAGUGGUGGUGAGCUGUGAAGUAGUGGAUUUUGCUGAUAAUUUGUAAUUCAAACAGAUGUUAUAUUUUUAAAAAUCUAUAUGAAAUUACAGGCUUGUUUUUAAAUUGUAUAAAUCACAAGACAAUAUGCCAAUGAUUAUUAAAUUCUUAUAAUGCUUUUUUA